CUAUCCGUCAUGUUGUCUCGGAGUGCCUCCAGAGCUCGUCCGCUCGUCCGCUCUUGUCAGACUACGCGGCACAUACUGCAUCCCCAGGUUUCUCGACGAUACCAGUCAGGAAACUCCCAGAAAUCCACCACACCAUGGCGCGAAGAAGCUCUUCCACACGAAUUGGACUUCGGUGGCCACACAAUGUUCUCAUUCCGAGUCCUCGCUCGGUUUGUUCGAUACUCACUCAUCGCCGCCGUCGGCAUAGCUGGGACGACGCUGACCGCGUAUGAGGCUACUCAUAUGUGGAUCGAGAAUAUUGAGCUAGCUCCAGAGAAAAACGAAGAAGCGAAGAGGUGGGGAUGGGAUCUAGAGAGGGAUAAGUGGACUGGAGGCGACAGUGGUGGUACAGAUCCCUUCCUGGGCUUCUCUAAUCGUCAUCGAGUCAGGGCAGCAUGGAGUGCACAGAACUGGGGUGCCGGUUCAGAUACUGCUAAAGUCAUCUCGAGCUCAUCUAGCAAGGGUUCGUUCGGAUCGGGAGGGCUGAACGUCGUAGAAACCGGUUUGGAAUAUGCCCAGGACUUCCUUCGUCCUGUUAUUGACGCAGCCAUUGCCCAAGAAUCCAGCGGUCGUCUGCGCCCUCACACGAUAUUAGACCUUCUGACGCGUCGAGCAGAUAUCUUGGAGCGGAUGGGGUCCAGAGACGGGUGGUUCGAGAGCAGAUCAGAAUACGAGAGGGUAUGGACCCGGCUGGCUGGCCAAGGACCUGAGGCGCCUCGAGUCGCUCUCAAGCUGGGAGAUCUCAAUCAUCGUUUGGGCAACUCUGCGGACGCAUUAGCGUGGUGGUCCCGCGCAAUCCAACAAUCGGGCGGCGACGUAUCACCUCUCAAUCCCCUACUCCCCGCCGUUCCUUCGACGCCACCAUCUUCCCCUUCUUCCCAACGCGCCCUUGCGUCAGCAUUCGUCUCUUUAUCCGCGUUUUACGCGACAACCGGCCAACUUCGACAGGCGCAAACCUUUCAAGAAGCGUCAUUAAACCUCCUUCGCUCUAUUCGCCCUCCAGAAUCUUUUGACAAGGCAUCUGCGCCGCAAGCGUUGCAUGCCUUGUACCUUCUGCAUCGGUCCGCGCUGAUCACGGUCCACCAUGCCGAAGUUCUCUACGCUCUUCGUCAACCGGCGGCGACAUCUGUUCAAUGGCUCACCCAAGCCGCAGAGUCUUCCGAACGGGUAGCCUUGCUCCUGACCGGCCUACCAGCUACGCAUCCGGACGCCCCUCUCUCCAAGAUCCCACACCCACCAUCAUCCGAAUCUCCUCUUCUUCCCAUUUAUAAAACCUCGGUCUCAAUGCAAAAGCCAGCAAAGAGUUUACUCCGAGACGCUCGACGAUCAGCAGCCGAAGCAUGGAAUCUCGUCGGUAUUUUGAGCGAGAAGAGUGGCGACUCACGCUCGCUGGAUACCGCAUUACAGUGUUACGAGCGCGCGCUCGGAUGGGCUGGAGUCGCGGCGGAUACGGCAGGAGGUAUAGGCCAAGCUGGAGAAGGGAUCCUAGACGCCGAAUGGAAGGCUUUGUGGGCGAAUUACGUGCGGGUCAGGGAUUCCGUUCGUUCUAACAGCUCAGAAAAACCAUGAGACCGCGCUUCGUCGCUGUCUACUGUGGUCGCCGCACCUCAUGGAACCUUUUACUUUUAGUUUCUCCAUGAUGAACUUUGGCCUUUUGAACGUGUUGGUGGGAAUGGGGAGGAAUGUCCGUGUGGUACCCGCAUACAACUGUUUGCUUUACUUAGCUCUUGAUCUACUGUCACGAUGCCAUGCUCUUAUCGAUAUGCCUCGA